CGGUAUAAAACGAUAAACGUGUAGAUGUCAGUAUGAUCGGGAGCAGUGCGCAGUGAAGACGAUUUUCGAAAGCUGCGUAUCAACGGCACAAUGGCGAGUCAGAUGUUAGUCACUAUCGUGUUGUUUUGUGGUCUCAUCGCGGGACUGUCGGGGCAGGAGUACUGUAAUCCUUCUUAUUGUGGUCUCACCAAAAACGUUGGAUGCAAUCCUCCACCAUUGACCGGUGCACCGUAUUGCGCUUUCGUUAAGGGCCGUGUCGUAGAAGUUAAUGCCACCAUUCAGGAGCUCAUCCUCUCCGAGCACAACCGGUUACGCAACCAACUGGCGAUCGGAAAUUUAACCGGAUAUGCGAGCGCAGCUCGUAUGCCUACGCUUGCCUGGGAUAAUAUUCUCGCUGCCCAGGCGGGUCACAACGCCCGGACUUGUACCUUUGCUCACGAUCUAUGCCGUAACACAGCGAAGUAUGCGUACGCAGGGCAGAAUAUAGCUAGCCAGUCCUUCUACGGGACGACCAAAUCGGUAGAUACGUUGGUAAGAGAAAUGGUAGCCGCUUGGUGGAAUGAGAACCAAGAUGCGACGCAGGUACAGGUUGACAAAUAUCCUCGAGGAUGGACGGGGAAUGCGAUUGGACAUUUCACACAGAUGGUUAGCGAUCGUACAUCGACCAUUGGAUGUGCAAUGCAGUACUGGGUGGAACAAGAGAUCUGGGACACGUACUACCUGGUGUGCGACUACGGAUUGACCAACAUUGUUGAACGAGCGGUCUACAAGAAGGGCACUACCGCUUCCUCGUGCAACACUGGAACAAAUCCUACCUACCCUGGUCUAUGCUCGACGAACGAAUCGGUUCCACCACUACCGAAUAUAUCGUAAUGGACUUGAUUGAUGAGCUACCCAUGCCGUUAAGUUUCUAAUAAAGGAUUAGACUUUGAUUUUGCUUUCGGGCCCGAGCAAUAUCCUUUAACGGUAGCCUCUGCAAAUGAAAUUGAACGAUCGAAUCAUCGACGCUGUUCGAUAACUCUACUUGCUUCAGUUGAAUUAACCUGCUUGUGACCAUUACAUUCCUCAAAAUCAAUCACAAGAAAUUCAGAGAGCGGGUCCCUCUUUUAAAACAGAUUUUCAUCGAAGUAAAUUAAAAAACAAGCAUGAACAUGCUUAAAAUCUA